UGUUGUUUUGUGUGUUAUUUUAACACUUGCAGUGCUGAAAAAGCUCUGUGGGGGGCGUCAUUUCAAGGAGUCAGGAGAAUACACUAAUUUUGAGUUACUUUAUUUUCGCGCUCAACGAGGACUGAGCGGGAAAUUGUCUUUUGGACACCUACUGUGGCAGUGAAUUUAGCGCCCAGAAGAAAACUGUGUGGGAUUUUGAUAUUCGGCUUCAAAGGUGCAGUUUUAGGAUGUUACCAUGUUGCUGAAGGUGAAAUACCACAGUAUCAAGAAGUACAUCAAAUUGCAAUCAGGCUCCACCUAUUCAGAAUUCAUCAGGGAAGUCAAAACCAAGUUUGGGCUUCCUGACGCAGCUCAACUUAACAUUUUUGAUGAAACUGACACAGCAGUAGAGGAAGACAUUUUUCUAGAGCUGUUGGAGGCCAAUCCGGACAUAUGCCUGACAGUACGUGACAGCAUUUCAGAUGAAGAUCAUUCUACACCAUCUUCCCUCACGAAUACCAUAUCACUUUCUUCAAGUGACCGUGACCUUACAGAACUGGGUAUUCCCACAGGCAGAAAUAGAUCCAGCAAAGAAGACACUAACAGUUCUGCAACAAAGGCUUCCGUGUCAGAGGCAGCAAAGGAGAUGGUAGAAAAUGCCUUGCUUAAAAAGCCUGGAGGAGAGGAUAUUCUUGAAGAGUACAAGUCAGAAAAUUCACUAAUGCACCGCACUCGGAGACAGCUUGUCAACAUAUUGGCGAGUGAUAUUACUGAGAGACAUGGUAGGAUUCCUUCCCGUCAGCAGAAGGAGAAGUAUGCCCUGGGAAUUAUUACUCUGUUUCCCUCACUGAAGGAUCCUUUUUCUCCAAAGGGCUAUGAGCAUUUCUAUGAUGGGGAAAAGGGCACUGGAUAUUUAGCGUGGCGCCUCAAAACCAUUUCCAGGACUUCAGGAAAACGGCCAGUCAAGGAAGCCUCAGUGCAUCAAGCACAAGGACCAAAGCGCCAAAGAUCAGCAACCACACUGCCUCAGCAGCUUGAUGGAGAUGCCUGCAGGGAGGCCAUUUCAUUUCUUGUUCACUCGUCUGAUGAAGCAAGUGUAUUUCAGAAGAUGAAGAUGACGUUUCAGCACCGUCAGGACCUAGUGCAUGACCCACAAAGAAGCACAGAUGUCUUCAAAACAUUUCCACGCUUUUUAGAUGUCAAAGGACUGUUGAAUCAAGACUUCCUGCUGCUGUUUGGUGCUGAAACAGCCUCCAAGAUGCUUGAGAAGUGGGACACCUCAUUUAAGCCCAAGGUCAUCAAAGAGGCCAAAAACCUGACUCAGACAUCUGAGCUGUGCCGACUUCUAAAAGCUGCUGAGAAACUCGCAGAGAACAAUGAAACGGACUGGGACAGUGACAUCGCUUCUAUGCUGCUGCUUCUCUAUCUCUUGCCACCCACAGCUGGACGAAAGAGGACCAAAAUAAGUCCAAGUGAUGCAGUGGACAAAAUGGUGCACUUUCAUAAGUCAUGCUGCAGCAUCAAUGAAUAUGUGCAGGAAAGAGAGGGUAAACAACCAUACAUCCUUGCAGUUGGCCGAACCCAAAAGACAAUUGAUACCUUCUACAUCGCCAUUGACAAACAGCUCAUCUUCUGCCAAGCCACCAGCUCAUUGGGUGCUUUUGAUGAACUGUUUAAAUCCCACUAUGUGUUCAACUUGUCUUAUGAUGAGUCCCUGGUCCAUUUCUACACUUUUUUGCAGACAACUGUCUACAACAUUGAUGUAACCACAACAGAUGAGUCUCCAAGAGUUCGUGAGUUGCGGGCAAAACUUUUGAAUGACAUAUGAAUAUGUUCAAAUGUUUCAUUUGUCAAGCAGUGCAUGCUACUGUACCAGGGCCUAAUAACUCGUUUGCGGAUCGGCCACAGUUUCUAUCCAGGCACCACGUUUAAAUUAGUUUGUGCACAAGACCAUUGUAGGCGUCAGUUUUUAACAUUUUUAGGUUUAAAAAAAACAUUUAGUUAGUGUGCAUAAUAAGGGUUAUUGCCAACAGUGUGAUUUACUUCAUAGUAAACAAGCUUUUGGUUGACCAUUUCAGUCAGCACUUUUAUGCCUACGUGUUUGAAAAAGAUGUGAUAAGCAGACUAUCUUUAAAUUUACAAGCCUUUUGACUAACAAAGUGCUUGUGGAGAUGAUAGCCUUUCUAUUGUACCAUCUCUGUAAAUGUGCAUAGAAUUCAAGUUGUAUGGUGCUUAGAUAUUUUUGUCUUUAUUAAAAAAAGUAGAAUUCUUCGUAUGUUUCUUUUUUCUUGUUUUUCAUUUUCAGAUCAUUGAAUAUAACACAACAGUCAUGAAUACACUUUAAAGUGUUAAUAACACAGAAUGAUUUAAAUUAACACUUUAAGAGUAAGGGAGUAACACGAUAUAGAGUUAAAAAUACACUUUAGAGUGUCAUAAAAUAACACUGUGAAUGUUAGGAAUUAACACCCCCAGUAAAAAGAAAUAACACACGUUUAGUGUAAAAAAUACUCUUAAAUGUGUUAAAAAACAACACUCUGAGUGUUACAUUUUUAACACUAUUAUGGAGUUAAAAUAUCAACACUAUCCAAAGUGUUAAUUUAACUCUGAACUCGUGUCGAUUAUAUAAACUCUGGGAAAGUGUUAAAUUUAACACUAUGGGAGUUGAAAUAACACUGACGUUU